AUGAUACAAAGUGUUCAUGAUAAACUAAGCAUCACCGGUCCUGACCGCCUAUCCGCUGGUGAAAUCCGACUCCUAAAAAAUAUAAUGGAGGAUAACCGUGUCGCCAUCCGUAUUUACACAUACCAACUUAUGACACUGAAUUCCCUUACACAAGAACAAGCAAUCACCGCUAUUCUUAAUCUUUCGCUUUCUGAAGACAACAAACGCUUCAUAGUAUCUUGUGGGGCUGUCCCAGGAAUUGUUCUUGUGUUGAAGGUAGGUAGCAUGGAAGCGUGUGAGAAUGCAGCUGCUUCCAUUUCUAGCGUCUGUGUAACUGACGAAAACAGGGAAAUCAUUGGUGCUGAAGGAGCUAUCCAACCUCUCGUAUUACUGUUGACUAAAGGUACUCAGAAAGGGAAGAAGGUUGCAAUUAUUGCUUUGUUUAAUUUAUGUUUAGAUCAAGCUAACAAAGGAAGGGCGGUGAGGGCGGGUGUAGUCCCCAUUUUGAUGGAGCUUCUGACCGAACCACAGGGUGUGUUGAAGAAGGAAGCAUUAUCUAUUCUAGCCACACUCUCAAGCCACGAAGAAGGGAAGUUGGCUAUAGGUAAGGCAGAGGUUGUGCCUGCUCUGGUUGAGGUUAUUGGGAGUGGAUCCCGGAAAAACAAAGAGAAUGCAGCUGCAGUUUUGGUGGAACUUUGUUAUGAUCAUCAAAAGUAUUUGGUUUUUUUGGAAAUGGCAAACGAAUUAAAUGUAGCCUACUCGCACUAUUUGGUUGAGGCUCAAGAACAUGGAGUCAUGGAGAAACUGAUGGAUUUACUACAACAUGGUACGGAUAUGGGAAAAAGAAAAGCCAGACGGUUACUAGAAAUUAUCGAAGACCACCGCCGCAGUCAUGAUGAGUAUGUUGAAAUCACUCUAGACGUCCGUGACGACUCAGUGUCUAUUUUCAGUGUGAAAACGGGUGACAGAGCUGACGUGGAAGAUCCACAACUGAAUUUGUUACCUAAAGGGUUGGAAAAGAGGUCCCAUGUGGGUCAAAAUAUGUCGACGAGGAUGCGACAGAUCUCUAAAGAGUUGAAACGGUUAGCCAACCGCACACAAUUUUAA